UUUGCAAAGCAAAGGAACGAGAAUUUGAGCGAGAAGAAGAAGCGUAAUCGGAGAAGAUGUCGACGGUGUACGUGCUCGAGCCCCCAACGAAGGGGAAGGUGGUAGUGACGACCACUCACGGACCAAUCGACAUCGAGCUAUGGCCGAAGGAAGCUCCAAAGGCCGUGAGAAACUUCGUUCAACUUUGUCUCGAGGGUUACUUCGACAACACCAUCUUUCACCGUGUUAUCCCCGGAUUUCUCGUUCAAGGCGGCGAUCCCACCGGCUCCGGAACCGGAGGGGAGAGCAUAUAUGGAGACGCCUUCCUGGAUGAGUUCCAUUCAAGACUGAGGUUUAAUCACCGAGGGAUUGUGGCGAUGGCAAAUGCGGGAUCACUGCAUUCAAACGGUAGUCAGUUCUUUAUGACUUUGGAUAAAUGUGAUUGGCUUGAUAAGAAGCAUACUAUCUUUGGGAAGGUGACGGGCGACUCAAUCUUCAAUCUUCUAAGACUGGGCGAGGUGGACACAGAUAAAGAUGACCGUCCCCUGGAUCCUGUACCAAGAAUAUUAUCUGUUGAGGUUUUGUGGAAUCCCUUUGAAGAUAUAGUUCCUAGAAUGUCAGCAAAGGCAGCAGAUGAAUCUCUAGCUACUACUGAAACCAAGGAACCCAGAAAAAAGGGCAUUAAGAAGCUGAGUUUACUAUCAUUUGGAGAAGAGGCUGAGGAAGAGGAGAAGGAAUUGGCGGCUGUGAGGCAAAAAAUAAAGAGCAGCCAUGACGUGUUGAAUGAUCCUCGCCUCCUGAAAUCGGAAACUGCUGACAAGGAACCGAAUGCAGCUGUGAUAAAGGAAGCACUGUCUGUGAGGGAAGCUCUUAGUUCUAAGAAAGAAGGGACUCAAAAGGAUAAGAGCUUUGCUGUAUCUGGUUCAAUUGGAGAUAGUGAGGAAGACGAUGACGACGGCGAUGAGGCCAAAUUUGACGCAAAGAUGAGGAGGCAAGUGCUUAAUAGAAGGAAAGAGAUGGGAGAUAUGCCUUCAAAACCUAUUCAGAAAAAGGGGAACUCUAGCCCGAAGGGUCGUGAAAAAUCUAUUCCCAGAUCGGAUGAUGCAAGUAGUGAUGAUGACAAACCAAAGGUUGAAAAGUUAUCAUUGAGGAAAAAGGGAUUAGGUUCAGAAGUCAGGUCCGAACGAAUUGCAAAAGCGGACACAGACUUGCAGCUUUACAACGACUCUGAACGGGCGAGGCUAUUGCAGAAGUUGAAAAGGCGUAGACUGCAAGGACGUGAAGAUGAUGUGUUAGCAAAACUUGAGAAGUUUAAGCAGACAAUUUCCACAAACCCUGAACAAACAGAAGGUGAAUCUGAAGAAGCUAAAGAAAAUCUUUCGGAUUGGCAGAAAGUAAAGCUGAAGUUUGCACCCGAGCGUGGCAAGGAUCAUAUGUCUCGAAAGGAUGACCCGGAUGCCUACAUGGUCGUUGACCCGCUUCUCGAAAAGGGGAAAGAAAAGUUCAAUAAGAUGCAAGCGAAACAAAAACGACGAGAACGAGAAUGGGCAGGCAGAUCUCUCACCUGAUUCCCCCAUCCAUCCAUCCAUCCAUCCAUUCAGUCGCCAGUUUCAGUUUCACAGUCUCAUCUAAAAGGGUACGUUGAUGAAAUCAGAAAUAUGGGAGUUUAGAUUUGAGAUUGCUUCUGUUGUAUUAGAUAUCUCUUGAUUGUUGAUUUUGGAUUCUCUUUGGAUAAUUUUAACAUCGUUAGGUUUUUCGGGUACUUUUAUUUUUUUUUGGAAAGUCGGUACUAACUGUGAAGAAGAUCUCAGGCUUGGAUAUAUUUUGGACAAGAAAGAAUGGUGUAAACUUCAUCUCGAGACUCUUUAACCUCGUUUCAUACUUCAGUUGCUUGUCUGUA